AUGGCGGCCCCCGCUCUGCAGAUGCUGCCGCUGCUGCUGCUGAGCCUGACAGUCCCGCCGGCCAGCCCGGCGGCGCUGGUCAACAAGCAGCGACAGAGCCCCGCCGAUACCCAGAGCACGUCCGAGGCAGACGCGCGCAUCAUCAACUACCAGGGCGAGAGCUACCAGGACGGAUACCACUUCCAGUUCGAGACCACCAACGGCAUCAAGCGCGAGGAGGUGGGCAAGAUCUAUAGCGGCCCCAACAACGAGACAGGCGUGCUGGCAACCGAGGGCCGCGUGCACUGGACCGCCCCGGACGGCAUGCGCAUCGAGAUGCACUGGCACGCCGACGAGAACGGCUUCCAGCCCAGGGGCGUACACAUGAGGUCCAACCACUGGCAUCCCGUACCCGAGCUGCCCCCCCAGGUCAAGCGCCUGAAGAAGCUGCUCGGGCCGCAGAAGACGAAGGCAGAGAGGCUGCGGCUGAGCCGACAGAGACUGAUCGAGCGCGUGAGGAAGCUGGCUCCGGGGACGUCUGAGCAGGAGAAGACGGCCGAGAGGGCGUCCUUUUGA